ACAACUACCUGCCCAGCACUGAUACAAACUCACACACACACACAGCGGACCUUCUUUUCACCACUCCCUUCAUACCUUCGAGUCGAGACCUUAGUCGCCCUGCAGGUGAACCGCCAUGAAGACGCUGCGGCUGCUCGGCCUGACGGCCUUUUGUCUCUGCGCGUUUGUCGCCGCCGACAAGCGGCCCGAGCGACAGGCGGAGGACAAGCCGUCCCCCGAGGACGGAGACGUUUUACAGCUGAAAAAAGGAAACUUCAACAGGGCGCUGAGAAAGAAUAAGCAGCUGCUGGUGCACUUCUACGUGCCUCUGUCUGGAGAAGGCCAUCGUAUCUCGGCCGCGUUCGAGGGCGCCGCCGCCGAGCUUCAGGGGUCAGAGGUCAAACUGGCUGUGGUCGAUGUGGCGAAGGAGAAAGACCUGGCCAAAGAACUCAACGUGACAGGCCUCGCCACGAUCAGACUUUACCUCGCUGGAGACAAACACAACCCUGUGACUUGUCCUGCUCCUCACACCUCGGCUUCCAUCUUAGCCUGGCUGAAAAGGAGAGCGGGCUCCGCCGCUGACCUCAUCGCCGAUCUCAGCCAAUCGGAGUCCUCCGAGGAGCUGACGGUGGUUGGCUUCUUUAAGGAGCUGGACCACGAGUAUGUCCAGGUGUUCUACGAUGCGGCGGUGGACCUUCCUGAUGUUAACUUUGCUGUGACACAGAACAAUGAAGUGAUCACCAAAUAUGGCCUAACACACGAUGUUGUGCUGCUGUUGAAACAGUCUAAGCUCAUCCAGGCUUACAAAAUGACGCCUCAGACAUCUAAAGAGAUGCUGAUCGUCUUUAUCACCGUCUACCAGAUGGACCCGGUCACAGAGUACACGGGGCAGACAGCCACUCAGAUAUUAAGCUCGCCUGUGUUGAACCACGCGCUGCUGUUUGUCAACAAAAGCUCUGCGGCCUUCAAGGAGAUCCACUCUGCUUUCAACGGUGCCGCCGAAUCCUACAGGUUGAAGAUUUUGUUUGUGUGGGUGGACGUGGACGAGCCUCGGAACGGCAGGAUGAUGGAGUACUUCCGGGUUCGGAGCUUCGAGGCUCCUCUGAUCCGGCUGGUCAACCUGACGGACCACGUGACCUAUCACCUGCCCUCCGACACGCUGGAUGUGCACACCAUAAAAGCAUUCUGCCAGUCCUACCUGGAGGGCGAGGCCAAGCCCAAGAUGCAGAGCCAGCCGAUACCUGAAGGAUGGGACCAACGGCCGGUGAAGGAGCUGGUGGGAAUGACUCUGGAGAAAGUCGGCUUCAACCCCGACAAGACGGUUUUUGUCCUGUUCUACCUCCCCUACAGUGCGGCGUCCCGGGCUCUGUUUCCACUGUGGGAGGAGCUGGCCGAGGCUUUGAAGGGUCGAGAGGACGUGGUCGUGGCUCGCAUCGACGCCUCCGCCAAUGACAUCAACAUGUCGGUGCAGGGCGGAUACCCGUCGCUCUGCCUGUUCCCCGCUCUGUACGCUGAGAGGGUUGUGGUUUAUACCGGUAAAAGGGAGGUGAAGGAUCUGCUGAAGUUUGUGGACAAAGAGAUGAAGAAAGCAAAAAAAUACAGAGUCACGGAGGAUGAAGACAGGAGGAAGUACAUCGAGGCUGCAAAAGCUGAAGAGGCAAAAAAAGCCAACCAAAGCAAAGAUGAGCUUUGAAACAGAAACAAAGAGAGUACUGUGUGCGUGUGUGUGUGUGUGUGUGUGUGUGUGUGUGUGUGUGCGUCUUGUACUUUUUAGUCACAAACACAGAACUGGUUUUAUCUCAACCAAGCUGUCAUUAACCGUCCAAUCAAAUCCAGCAACGUCUAAUACACAAUUGUAAAAAUAUUGGUCAAAACUCUUUAAAAAACUUCUAUUCUAGUCAUAAUAAACCAUUUCAACAUCGUAUGUGUUCCCAUAAUUGUAUCCACAUCUCUCAAUUAAUAGAAAUAAAAUAAAAACACUCA